CCACCCUCCGUCCAGCUGUCGGCGGUGUGUAAAGCCGGUUUGCCAAUUCCGUCUCGACACCAAUGAAGAAGAAAUAGAAGCUAAUCUGUGGAGUUAGCAAGUCGACAAAUAAAUAAACGGGGAAAACUAACACGGAACAGAAAUGUCAGCAGACACCAAGAUUGCUGAGCUGCUCACAGAGCUCCAUCAGCUCAUCAAACAGACCCAGGAGGAGAGGUCACGCAGUGAACAUAAUCUGCUCAACAUUCAGAAAACACACGAGAGGAUGCAGACAGAAAACAAAACUUCUCCAUACUACCGGACCAAGCUAAGAGGACUGUACACCACAGCCAAAGCAGAUGCUGAGGCAGAGUGCGGCAUUCUGCGUCAUGCUCUUGAUAAAAUAGCAGAGAUCAAGUCUUUGUUGGAGGAGAGGAGAAUAGCUGCUAAGAUAGCGGGAGUUUACAGUGACAGUGACCCUCCCAGAAAGACGAUGAGGCGAGGCGUCUUGAUGACGCUCCUCCAGCAGUCGGCCAUGACGCUCCCUCUGUGGAUCGGCAAGCCGGGGGAAAGCCCCCCUCCUCUGUGCGGGGCCACCCCGGCCAGCAGCGACUACGUGGCCAAACAGGGUGACAAGGUGGCAGCGAGGGUGAAAGCGGUGGACGGAGACGAGCAGUGGAUCCUGGCCGAAGUGGUCAGCUACAACCACUCCACCAACAAGUAUGAAGUGGACGACAUCGAUGAAGAGGGCAAAGAGAGACACACUCUGAGCAGACGGCGGAUCAUCCCUCUUCCUCAGUGGAAGGCCAACCCAGAGACGGAUCCAGAGGCCCUGUUCAGUAAGGACCAGCUGGUGCUGGCCCUCUACCCCCAGACCACCUGCUUCUACCGGGCCCUCAUCCACACUCCACCACACAGGCCUCAGGAUGAUUACUCAGUGCUGUUUGAGGACACAUCGUACGCUGACGGUUACUCUCCCCCGCUCAACGUGGCUCAGCGGUACGUGGUCGCCUGCAAAGAGAACAAGAAAAAGUGAGCGACAGCUGGACAUCAGGGCAGAGAUGAAGUCUGUUUGGGAGCGUUUUUAUGUUUUAAAAUUGCACUGAUUUCCAUUUUUGUAUGAAAAAUGUUUGUUAAUAUUUGUCAAAACUCAAAUCAAGCUCUCUUGCUAGUGUUUUAAAUAACUUAAAUAACAAGCAAAAACACUCCUGAACAGACAUUCGUUUCAGUUCUUGAACAUCUUACAUAAGACCUGUCGCUACUAAGACACAGAGGAGAAGUGGAAUUGACCAGAAAGACCUGAUCAUCUCCUGGGGAAAAAAAAUGCUGCGUCCCAAAUCCAUACUGCACACUGAUUCUAAGCCAAUUUUCAGUUUGUACAGUGUUCACUCAGAAAAAAGUGACAAAAUAGAGCAUUUAAAAUACUCAAAACAGUCAGAAUGGAGACUAAAAACCUCAGAUUUUUGAGUGAGCUGUUGCUGUACAUUGCUGUUCCACAAUGCAUUGCACGACGGGAGUGUGGGAGCUGCUCAAAGCUGAAGAAAAUCAAAUACUUUGAAAUUCUAUAAUUUGCUUUUUGUUUUCCUCCCCUGGAAUUUUUUUCCUAGUU